GAAUUGCAAGGUACACAACGUUUACCUGUAUUCUCAAUGGAUGGAGACUUUGUUAUCGGAGGUGUUUUCCUCAUUCACAACAAAGAAAAAACAGUAACUUACAAUUACACCACCAAGCCUGAGUCACAGAUGUGCAUCCGGAGCCUCAACCCUCGGAACCUGCGCUUUUCCCGUGCUAUGAUCUUUGCCACUGAGGAGAUAAACAACAGCACAGAGCUGCUGCCAGGCAUCAGACUAGGAUAUCAGAUUCAUGAUACCUGUGCCUCUGUGAUUGUGGCCGCCAAUGUGGCCUUUCAGCUACUAAAUGGUCAGGACACUGUGUUUUAUGAAAACAGAAGUUGUUCUCAAUCUGGUGUGGUUCUGGCUGUUGUUGGAGAUUCUACUUCUACAACCUCCAUCAGCUUGUCGCGCAUCAUCGGGUCUUUCAAUGUCCCUCUGGUCAGUUACUAUGCAACAUGUGCCUGUCUGUCAGACAAGCAGCAGUUUCCAACAUUUUUCAGAACCAUUCCCAGCGACCAGUUCCAGGCUGAUGCACUGGCCAAGCUGGUGAAACACUUUGGCUGGACUUGGAUAGGUGCUGUCCGCUCCGACUCAGAUUAUGGAAAUUUUGGCAUGGUGUCUUUUCUUGCUGCAGCACAGAGAGAGGGAAUCUGCGUGGAAUACUCAGAAGCCUUUUUCCGGACCGACUCACAAAGCAAGAUCCAGAAAGUAGCCGAUGUUAUUCGCAGGUCAUCUGCAAUGGUUGUUUUGGCUUUUGCAACAUCAGAAGAUAUGAGUGUGUUGAUUGAUGAGCUGAAUCAGGAGCCUACACCACCUCGUCAGUGGAUAGGAAGUGAGGGCUGGAUAAAUGACCCUUACUUGAUGAGUUUCAGUUACUUUGCAGGAGCCAUUGGAGUUGCUAUUCAAAAAUCAGUCAUCCCAGGUCUGAGAGACUUCUUAAUGGAUCUUUCUCCUGCUCAAGUGGCUGCCUCCUCAGUGCUGACUGAAUUCUGGGAGGAUGCAUUCAACUGCACACCGACAAAAAAUGCCAGUCCAAAAAAGAAAGAAUGUGAUGGAACUGAAGACAUAAAACUGCUAAAGAACCCGUACACAGAAACAUCUCAGCUAAGAGCUACCAACAUGGUGUACAAGGCUGUUUAUGCAAUAGCUCAUGCUAUUCACAAUGCUGUGUGUCAGGAAACUAACUUCACCGCUCAGUGUGACAGAAACAUCAAACUGGAGUCCAAACAGGUUUUGACUGAACUGAAGAAAGUCAACUUUACUCAAAAUGGUUAUCCUGUGUCAUUUGAUGCCAACGGGGAUCCUGUAGCUUUUUAUGAGCUGGUCAACUGGCAGAAGAGUGAGAGUGGAGUUAUUGAGCUGGUAACAGUGGGGUACUAUGAUGCAUCACUGCCUACAGGUCAGGAGUUUCAUAUCAGCAGGAACAUAACCUGGGUGGAGGGUGGUGCACAAGUCCCAGUAUCAGUGUGCUCUAAGAGUUGUCCUCCAGGAACUCGUAAAGUCCUGCAGAAAGGAAAACCCAUCUGCUGCUAUGAUUGUAUACCAUGUCCAGAAGGACAAGUGGCAAAUAGAACAGAUUCUCCAGACUGUUUCCCGUGUCCCAGUGAAUUGUGGCCUAAUGCACAAAGAGACGCUUGUUUCCCCAAACCUGUGGAGUUUCUUUCCUAUGAUGAAGUCCUGGCAAUCAUCCUGGCUGCAUUCUCUGUUAGUGGGGCCUGUCUGGCCAUCAUAACAGCAGCUAUUUUCUUUCAUCACAGAACAACUCCAAUUGUCAGAGCCAACAACUCUGAGCUGAGCUUCCUGCUGCUCUUCUCUCUGACUCUGUGUUUCUUAUGUUCAUUAACUUUCAUCGGAGCUCCCUCUGAUUGGUCCUGCAUGCUGCGACACACAGCGUUUGGUAUCACCUUUGUUCUCUGUAUCUCCUGUGUUCUUGGCAAUACUGUAGUGGUUUUAAUGGCCUUUAAAGCUACACUUCCAGGUAGUAAUGUCAUGAAAUGGUUUGGGCCUCCACAACAAAGAAUGACUGUUGUGCUAUUUACAUUCAUACAAGUUCUAAUUUGUACUGUGUGGUUGUUACUCAGCCCUCCAUUCCCAAUGAAGAAUCUGAGCACAUACAAGGAGAAGAUCAUCCUGGAAUGUGCAUUAGGUUCUGCUGUUGGGUUCUGGGCUGUGCUCGGGUACAUUGGCCUGCUGGCUGUUUUCUGCUUUGUGUUAGCUGUUCUAGCUCGGAAACUACCUGAUAAUUUUAAUGAAGCCAAGCUGAUAACCUUCAGCAUGCUGAUAUUCUGUGCAGUGUGGCUCACCUUCAUCCCAGCAUAUGUCAGCUCUCCUGGAAAAUUUACUGUAGCUGUGGAGAUAUUUGCUAUUCUGGCCUCUAGUUUUGGACUGAUUCUGUGUAUAUUUGCUCCAAAGUGUUUCAUCAUCUUAUUUCAGCCUGAGAAGAAUUCCAAGAAACAUUUAAUGACCCAAAAAUAAGAAUAAAUUCUUCCUAGGAUGAAGGACAAAAUUGAAAAUCAACCUUCCUACACAUAUUAAGUAGCUUUAAUCCAACAAAAUAUGUAUUAUGAAUAACAAUGAUUAACACUCAUGCUACUAAUUUGUCAUGGUAUAAAUAUUCCAAAAUGGAUAACAACAUUAGAUAAACUGAACUGUUGAGCUGUCUGUAUCUCUCCAUGUGCACAUUAGAAAAGAAGCACCUGUGCUUGUGUUGUGUUAAACAACAGUUGAAAUCAAUCAGAGUUAGACUACAGAAACACACAACAACAA